UCGCCCGUUUUUGGGGUUUUGGUAUUGGCUUGAUUUGGCUUUUUUUUAUUUUUUUAUUUUUUUUUUUUGGGAUUUCGCACACAAAUGCUUGUUGUCUGUGGAACGCUGCUUCUUGUCGCGGCGCUCCAGCUUGCUGGUACCUGCAGUGCCGCGUACGUCGAAGCCGUCGAUCUUCCCACGAACUUGUUUACGGCUGGUUCAACAAGCUAUCAGACCGUCGAUGUGUCCAAUCCACAGUGCUACUUUAAAGGGUUCAAGGCCACCUACGAUACCGCUGCAAAAGACCGCAAUUGGCAAUACAUCCGCGCUUGCAUUACAAAAAACAACCAAGAGCCACUCACCGCAACCAACACGCCGAAUAAUUGGUCGGGGGAAUUGAACACCUAUGAUGCUGCGUUAAGUUGGACUGCCACGACAGGCACCACAUUGUUCGGGAUGGCCUCUGUAUACGGUCCUGCCGCGGCUGACCGUAUCUUCAAAACGCGCGCUGUGCCCAUGAUUCCGGAAUUUAAAGUGGCUGGGAGUUGCGUUACCUCGUCGGCUGUCAAUUCGUUCAAGGGGCCCUUAGACUACUCUUGUUCUGGCAGUUUCCAGUACAUUGGGUCUUUGCUUUCUACCCACUCCAAUUCGCAAGACGAUCGACAGUGGUACUUUGCGUGUUGCGUGAUGGCUCCGAAAUCAUGUGUACAGCCCGACAAUUUCCCUGCUGGAAGUUGGAACUGUAACUUUAUGACCGUGGGAGGCGUUUGUGGGCAUUCGUGUGCUACGGGCACGCGAUCCACCAACUCUUCCGGCGUCAUCACAUGCCAGCCAACCGAGUCCUGGACAUCGCGCCAAUUUUCGUGCGAACAAAUCAACUGCGGCUCGCCUGCGAAUCCUCCCAACGGCAACUUUGCCUGCGCAACCGGCCCAGCUGGCACAACAUACCUUGCCUCGUGUUCACUGCAAUGUGAUCUUGGAUAUCAACCCGCUGCUCCGACCAAUAUUAUCUGCCAGGACUCUGGACCGACCAGCGGCUUUGGGUGGACUUCGCCCUCGAGCAACUGCAACCUCGUCCCGGACUACUGUCCCAGUCCAGGCACAAUCAGUAACGGGAUGGUGUCCUGCUCCGGCUUGACCCUCGGUUCGACGUGCACGUACUUGUGCAACCAGGCUUAUGUCAUCGACGGCACUGCCGGUGCGUCAACCACUCGCACGUGCGCUGGAAACACGACUGUUGCCGGCAAGUGGUCAGCUCCAAAGCCAAUUUGCGUUUUAAACAAUGUGCUGUGUCCCGACAACAUCCCCAGACCGUUCAAUGGUGCAGUCAGCUGCAGCGGCUUUUCGCUCGGGGGUGUUUGCACCAUCUCGUGCAACCAAGGAUAUCAGCUUCGCGGGUAUGCGCCACUCGAAACGGUCGACUCGGUGUGCCAGAGCAAUGGCUCUUGGACUCAUCCCGAGACAAACUACUGCGAUCCGCUCGCUUGCAACCCGCUUCCCACGAUUGCCAAUGGAGGCUACAACUGUCAAGGAGGCUCUGCCGUUGUUGGCUCGACAUGUGCUCCUUUCUGUAAUACUGGCUACACGCUUGAGGGCAGUUACGCAGACCCAGUGUACUGCAACGUGUCGCAGCAGUGGAAUGCAACAGUGUCGGCGCAUUGCACAAUUGUGUCGUGUCCUGUUCUGACUCUCGAGCACGGUGCUGUCGAGUGCACCGGCGAUACGACAAACUAUCUGUCCGUGUGCGCGCCUCGUUGCGAUGCUGGGUACGGCCUCGCUGGUCAGAAUACCGACCCCGUGCGCUGCCAAGCGUCCGGCGCGUGGAAUGCGACCAUGAAGGCGCACUGCGGCAUUUUGGCAUGCUCCGCACUCAGUCUCCUCAAUGGCUCCUUUGUCUGCUCGGACUCGUUCAACUACAUGUCACAGUGCGUCCCGCAUUGCGACAGCGGACUGCGCCUGGCUGGAAAUUCCACGGAAUUCGUCACGUGCAAUUCUUCGCUUCUCUGGGCUCCCGUCGUCUCGCCUAUCGAAUGUCGGGUCGACAACUCAGAUGACAAGCCUGAAUCAAGCUCGGCGAGCAUGGUACCGGCGGUGGCGGGCUCUGUCGUCGGUGGUGUGUUCUUGCUCUUGCUUCUCGUCGCUCUCAUGCUUGUUCGACGACGUCGUCGUAGUCGCGCAAGCAUGCAGUUGAUUGUGAAAGGUAGCAGCUCGGCAUCCCUUCCGAUGUAUGACAAUGCAUUGUCGCACGGAUCAACCUCGCUUUCAAUGCAGCCACUUUCGAACAAGCAGCGUGAAGCACUCGGCACACAGGAUUCCGCCUCCGAUCUCUAUUCAACCUUGCAACCAAACAACACAAUCUCCAUCGCCAAAGGGACUGUUCCAGCUCGGGCGUCGAGUCACUACGAGUCCGAUCAAAUCUACGAUUCCGUUCAGACGUCGCAGCAGUACGAGGCGCCUGCCAAGCAGAACGGUGCAGAACCCAGCGCUCAGUACGAUUCCACCCGCAUGUACGAUGCUCCAGUCGUCACUGCUCAGUACGAAGCCACCCAAACGUAUGAUGCCCCAGUCGUCGCCGCCAGCCACAAAGUAUCAUCUGUCACGGAGGCCGCCGAUCACUACGAACCCUCCCAAGUGUACGAGCGCCCCGGGCCAAGGUCAAAAUCCUUACGCGACAAUUUGGUCUUGGGAGCCAAGCUCGGGUCUGGCAACUUUGGCAUUGUUGUGCGAGGGCAGCUUCCUCGACAGUUUGUGGCCCCAGAUGCGCAGUAUCUGCUGAAUGGUCUGAAUGAGGGAGCAAACCUCGAUGUGGCCGUCAAGUCGCUCCAGUCGGACGCCAAUGACAAGUCUCGUCUAGAGUUUGUCGAGGAGGCUCGAAUGAUGGCGCAGUUCUGUCACCCCAACGUGGUGCGAUACAUUGCAGCCCUGUUGGACAGCGUGCCCUACAUGUGCGUCAUUGAGCUCAUGCCGUACGGCGACUUGCGCCACGUGCUUGCGCAGUCGAAAGCGCUCGGUAUCAGCUGGUCUGCGGCGGAGAUGAACCGCGCCCUUGCUCAGGUCGCACUGGGCUUGGAGUACCUCGAGUCGAUUCGCUUUAUUCACCGUGAUAUUGCCGCACGCAACUGCCUCGUCAGCUCGGAGCUCACUGUCAAGAUUUCUGAUUUCGGCAUGUCUCGCAGUCUCGCCGAGGAGCAGGACUACUAUCGGAUGCAUAAUCGCGGCAAAGUCCCUGUGAAGUGGAUGGCACCCGAGUGUAUCAAUUAUCGCAAGUUCUCACACAGCAGCGAUGUCUGGGCGUUUGGUGUGCUUGCUUGGGAAGUCUUUUCAUACGGCGCAUCGCCGUACGAAUCCGUCGAGGCUCGUCAGCUGGUGGCGGAAAUUGAGGCCGGCCUGCGUCUUGAGCAGCCCGCUAGUUGCCCAAAUGAUGUGUACAGUCUCCUGUUGACUUGCUGGGAUCUCAAUCCGCUGUCUCGCCCUGCUAUCGCUUCCCUGCGAGCACAUUUCGAGAGCGCCAGCGCCGGCCACGAUGUCCGGGACAUUGGCAGUCUUAUUGCCCAAGCUCCUGCGUGAACAUUUUAGAAAUGGGGGGUUCCGUUUGUUUUCAGAUGCGUUUGUCGAUUUGUAUUUUUCGCUCCAUUCAGAACCAAAUAUCAGUGCCUUUUUCGUUUGUG